AUGGAAGCUAUUGCACAUCAAUCUGUGAAGCUAUGCCCAUUUAUGCGUCAGACGAUCUCGUCUGCGCAAGGUGUCAAACAGUUAAGGUCGGCCAAUUUGCCUGCUAUGGCCAAGAAAUGUCCUGUGGUUGGCCAUGCUAUGCAGAAAAGAGAUUAUGCUACUGCAUCUGCAGCACCAGCUGCUGCCACUGCUAGUAAACUUGGUGCCGAGACUGUUGCCAACCACGCUACUCAGGAGUCCUCCUUUGACUUUGAUGGGUUGUUCGAGAGGGAUAUUGAGAAAAAACGUUUGGAUAAGUCUUAUCGGUUUUUCAACAAUAUCAACCGUCUUGCCCGUGAGUUUCCGAUGGCUCAUCGCCAAACAGAAGAGGAAAAGGUGACCGUUUGGUGCUCUAAUGAUUACUUAGCUUUGUCUAAGAACCAACAAGUUGUGGACGUGAUGAAGAAAACUAUGGAUAAGUAUGGUGCAGGGGCUGGUGGUACCAGAAAUAUCGCUGGUCAUAACCAGCACACUAUGCGUUUAGAAGCUGAGAUUGCAGCUUUGCACAAGAAGGAAGGUGCUUUGGUUUUUUCUUCUUGUUACAUGGCCAAUGAUGCUGUUUUGUCGUUGCUUGGUCAAAAAGUGAAGGAUCUUGUUAUCUUUUCGGAUGAGUUGAACCAUGCCUCCAUGAUCGUUGGUAUUAAGCAUGCCAACACUACCAAGCAUAUCUUCAAGCAUAAUGAUUUGCAACAUUUGGAAGAGUUGCUGCAAAUGUAUCCUAAGUCGACCCCAAAAUUGAUCGCUUUCGAGUCUGUUUACUCAAUGUCCGGUUCUGUCUCAGAAAUCAACAAGAUUUGUGAUUUGGCUGAAAAGUACGGUGCGUUGACUUUCUUGGACGAAGUGCAUGCUGUUGGGUUGUAUGGUCCACACGGUGCUGGUGUCGCUGAACAUUGUGAUUUCGAGGCUCACCGUUUGAGUGGUAUUUCCUCUGUCCCAAAUAAGAGGACUGUUAUGGAUCGUGUUGACAUGAUUACUGGUACCUUGGGUAAGUCUUUCGGGACUGUUGGUGGGUAUGUUGCUGCAUCAAGCAAAUUGAUCGACUGGUGUCGUUCCUACGCCCCGGGGUUCAUUUUUACUACUACUUUACCACCUGCUGUCAUGGCCGGUGCUGCUGAAGCUAUCAGAUACCAACGUCGUCACUUGGAUUUGAGACAACAACAACAAAGACACACCUCUUACGUGAAGCAAGGUUUUGAAGAGUUGGGGAUACCCGUCAUUCCAAACCCUUCGCACAUUGUGCCUGUGCUUGUCGGUAAUGCUGAUUUGGCUAAACAGGCCUCUGAUUUAUUGAUGGAAGACCACAGAAUCUACGUUCAAGCUAUCAACUUUCCAACUGUGGCCCGUGGUACUGAGAGAUUGAGAAUCACUCCAACCCCAGGCCACACCGAUGACUUAAGUGACAUCUUACUGGACGCUGUCGACGACGUGUUCAACCAAUUGCAAUUACCUCGUGUCAGAGAUUGGGAGAAUCAAGGUGGUAUUCUCGGUGUUGGUCAGAAAGAUUUUGUCGAGGAGGCCAAUCUAUGGACUGAACAACAAUUGCAAUUGACUAAUGACUCUUUGAACCCUAAUGUGCUGGACCCGGUGCUACAACAGCUAGAGGUUUCCAGUGGUAUUAAAGCUUAA